AUGGAUAACUAUUCAGAAACACAAGUGAAAACGUUCUCUAGGGAAACGCUCGAAGAUCUUAGAGAGGAUAUUAAAUCAAAGUUCAUCGGAAAAGAAAAAGUAACAAGGGGUGUAAAAUCAAUCCUACGAGAGUAUAUUGAGGUUGCUAAUGAUGGUGGAUUACACGAACUUCGCGAAACCAUUACUGAGUCUUUUUCGAAAACAUUUAAUUCAACAACAGAGGAAGAAUUUUUUCGACGAAUGAGGUCUUUCUUUGAACAUCUGUCUUAUACUAUUCCAUUACAUUCAUUGAAAGAAAUUAUGAGUGAAGGGACACUUGUGGCAAAUAUAAUAAGUCCAGUGUUACGAAUUUUUUUUCAUGAUUCACACAUAUAUCCUACGAUUUGGCCGAACACAUCCAGCACCAGCGCAAAGAUCCGAAAACUUGCCAUCGGUGAUCCUUCCCGGGCUAAACAACCCGAUAUGAUCGGGAAAAUUGUCAAUAAUGGAAAAUUUAUUUUUGAAACGAUGUUUGGGGAAGUGACGGGUGAGGGUAAGAAUAAUACAGAAAAAAAGAACCUAAUCGAUCUAAUUAGGUUGGGAUUAUUCAUGAAAGAUGCAUUGGAUAAUAUUUUGCCUAAGACCGGUGUUAAUCGGAUUUUCGCUUGGCAAGUUAUUGUGACAAAAUGGACCGGUUAUAUGAUGACUUUAAUUAGUCCUGGAAUUUAUGUCAUGAUAGAUACUGGUGGUAGUGUGGAUCUUCCAAGAUCUUUCGAAACAUGCGAUUUGUUUUUAAGUGGGCUGAACACGCUGUUUACAUUUCAGCUAGCAUAUGAAAGAACAAUAAAGGAUAUCCUUUCAAUUAUUAAUAAGAGUGAAGAAUUCGAAAAUGAUAAUUUUAAAGGAUGGCGUCGAUCAACACUUGGGACACCAGCGUUCAAAAGAAUUGUCAAAUUCAAAUAA